AUGGACAUUAAAAACAGUCUGACAUUUCCCAUAAUGCCUCAGUGACGCUACCAGCUGACAGAGCCGUUCUUAGAGCACGUUCGGAUAUCCGAAUAAAAAGUGUGGAGACCUUUCAUCUGUUUCUUUACGCAAACUUAAGGACAUUGUUCCCUGUCCCCCUGUGUGUCUGGCGGGACAUAAGAUGGGGUCCCAUACGGCGUGUUCAGACUGGUGUUAUGAAAUCAACUAAUUGAUCUUCAUUCUAGAUUCAAUUUUGGUGAUAAUGGACCAACCAGACAGCAGUGGGGAUGGGCUACAACCUCAAGACCUCUCUUCCUCCUGCGCCUUGCCCAUUGCCUUUGAUUUGAGCAAAAAGGGUGAGGAUUGCCUGCGAAAAGCUAGUGCAGUGGAGGCCCUGCAUGUGGUUCAACCCCAAGGCUGGUAUGUGGGGGCAGGGACUAGCGAAGCCGUAACGUUCCCAGAGAACACCUGUGACCUCUCUCCAGUGCCUGGCGAACAGAUCCAACCCGACAAUGCCUUCUCCAACACCACUGUCACCCUCUCGUACGUCAGCCGGUCCCACGUCUUCUCCUCCACCCCCCUCACAGCGCAUUGCCCUCUCUACGACGUGUCGUCCCUCAGCAAGAAACUCUCCCAGCAUGCAUCGGGCUACGAGGCCCUCCCGUUGAUGUCUGAGGCAGAUGGGGCCCCGCUCUGUGUGGAGAUGGACCCCCACUGUCUUCAGCCGGUUGCCACGCCAGUCGGGGUGGCACCGCACGAGUCCUUCGAAUUCGUCCUGCCUGCUCAGGUGAUGCAGAACGUCGCCACCGGAGUUUGUUUCCUCAAACAUGCCGUGGACCUCAAUGGCAUACAAGACUCCGGGGACGCUGCCGCCGCUGUGGAAAUCCUGACGCCGCUCCAACAAGGUGCCCCCAUUGUUUGCAAGCUCUCGCAGGAAGAGAACGGCUGUUUGCAGAACGGGGACUGCGCCUUGUGGGACGCUGGAGCGUGUGGUGGUGAGAGUGCUUCUGGCGAUCUCUUCACGACCCCAGCUGAAGUGCAGGGGAAGAGGGACUCUGAGGUGCUCUUUCUGAUUUCCAGGACUGAACAGCCACUUGGAGUACAUGACAUGGGGACUACUAGACAUUUUUGCAGCUCGCUCAAUAGGGAAUAUAUCAGUCCUCUAGAGGAUCCAGUAUCUCCCCCUGCCACGCCACAGGAUGAGAUAGAGGAUGUUUUCGUGCUGCCGCAGACGGCAAGCUCUCCAACCGGGGAGAAUUUUCCAGAAGACUUGGUUACGAAACACAGUGAAGUGGGUCUUUCUAGUCCUCUGCCUGCCGAAUUGACUUGCACUGGCGAGACUGAAUGUUUACUGGGUAAUUCAAACACUGAAAACAUAUCGGAAUUGAGCUGCCAACCACUGACAGAUAACGGUCUAGACACAGAACAGGCACUGUCGGCGCAAUGUCAUGAUUUACCCGAAGAUAAAGCAUCAGGUAUGAUGGACAAGGCUGAGUCGACAGCCAAGCAGCAAUUAAAUGGCAACACACCAGCAAAGAAAGGACAACCGGAGCGGAAAAUACUUCCCCCUCGGUCUGGCAGGGGUAUAAGGUUGGAGGCCAUCGUUCAAAACAUCAACCCAUCCAGAUUCAGAGUCAGUAGGACUCGCUCAACUAAGAAAUCCAACUGCUUAAAAGUCGCGUUGGCUGAGAGUAAAGCCGUCAGCAUUAAUAGGGAGAUUGUAACUGCUAGUGACGACCCUGAGAUGCGUGAGAACGUAUGCACUUCCGAGCAAGAAACUAGCACUUCCGAGACGAGCAGUUGCUUGUUGCAGACAUCAGUCCAAAGGGAGGAGGGCGGAGAUAGUAGCAGCUGUUUUAAAGAAGGAUCUACCUCAGAUUCUGAACACACACAGAGUCUUUCCAAAUAUCGUAUCAAGGGCACAUCUGAUGAAAUGACAAACAACACAUCAUCUACUCCAACGAAGAAAUCGGGGAAAAGGCCGAGUGGCACUUCGAACUGUAAAUCGUCCAACAAUCGCCGUGCGAUGAGUCCGUUGCCCCCACCCAGAUCUCACAAGAAAAAAAGUCAACCAGCGGCCAGCCCGCAGAGCAAAAGCUCACCCACCGCCAAGAAAGCGCACACACCCAAAAAGAAACGCAAGAAAGUACCCGUGGGCCAUUCCUCCAUGUUCUCCCCCAAGGAGCCUGAGAUCAAGCUGAAGUACGUCAACUACAAGGAGGAGAAAAGGGACUCGCGGGCGGACACCUUUUCCCCUUUUGUGCAUGUGGAGCGCAAGCGGUAUGUCUCGUGCACAGUCGUCAACUACCCCGAAGAGGUGAAGCCGACGGUCAGGAAAGGACCGCAACAGCCGACCUCGGGCUUCGUGUCUGGCGUCGUCCCGUCCACACCUUUCCUGCAGUACGGCCGUGUGUCGAACGACGCCACGCAACGCGCUGCCCUGGUGUGCUGCCUGUGUGGCCGUGCGGCCAACACGCUGGACCUGGGUGACCUCCAUGGGCCCUACUACGCAAACGGCUCCAAAGCGGAGACCAGGCCCACUGCUGGCGUCGCAGGCCUGAAAGCCGAGGAAGAGGAGGACCUCAGCGAUUCGGACUCGUCUUUCGGCACCAAGGCCAGGAAGUGCGCCUCGGCCGUCCCUGGCAGCUGGGCUCGGCGUGCCCGCCAGCGUAGGCCUUUGGACCCUGGUGGACCUUACCAGAGGUGGACCAGCGACAGUGAGCUCUCGCACAGCCCAGCGGCCAAGAAGUCCCGGUUGGAUGGCGGGGCAGCCGAGAGCUGGUACAUCCCGCCCGUGGUGCCGCUGGACUCCAACGAAUACUGGCUGCACGAGGACUGUGGCAUUUGGUCAGCAGGUGUCUUCCUGGUGAAGGGGAGGCUGUAUGGGUUAGAAAAAGCAGUCAAGAUGGCCCAGGAGACGAUGUGCUCUAUGUGCCACAGCGUGGGCGCCACACUGGGAUGCUUUUUCAGAGAAUGCCCCAACAAAUAUCACUACAUUUGUGCUGUGCAGUCUGACUGUGUACUCAAUGAGGAGAACUUCUCCAUGAAAUGCACCAAGCACAAGAAUAAAUCAAUCAAAGGCUCUACCAAUAGAAAGAAUGCCAGAUGACAAUACCCAAGAAGCAGCACCUGUUCAAGAUAAACAACGUCUCUGCCACUCCACCUUGGUAGUCCAGUGUGUCGGCCGAGCUCAGUGAAACUGAAAGCACGUCUCCUAAACUGAUGGCAAGAGGCCUCUGGAAUGCAAUCACCCUCUAACCUUAACGCAACAUCUCAGUAGUGAAGUCACUCCUUACGUCAGUGCACACCAACAGGGAACUUCAAGGCUUUCAUUAACGCCAAUGCGUCUGUAGUGCUUACAGGUUUGGAUCAAAAGUGGAGGGCAUAACAUACCAACUAAGGGGCCCAAAGGAGGAAGAAGAAUGAAAUGGCACAGAGUAAUGUUUUUAAUAUAUAUAUACAUUUGAGAAGAAAUUCUCAGCAGUAAGUUGAAUUAUCCUAAGUGGAUAUUAUUGUUAUUAUUAUUAUUAUUAUUAUUAUUAUUAUUAUUAGUAUUAUUAUUAUUAUUAUUAUUGUAAUUCUUUUUUGUACAGAAUGACUAGUCUUAUUUAUAUUUUAUUUCAAUAUAUUAAUUAUUUCAGUCAUUGUUGAAGCAAAGUUGUUGGAUGCAUUGAGUGUUAAUUUAAUCAGUGGCAUGAACGCAUCUCAUCUGGAGACGCAUGAUUUUUGCUCCCAGGGAACGAGGCAAGUGUUGGCCCAAAGCAGUAGAGAGGAGCAGUUAUCUGUGGGGAAAGGCAGGGGGUUUGUAUCACUUUAAGAUAAUGCCCUCCCUCAGCAUCUGUUUAAUCAUAAACCUGCCAUCUAAUUUCUGCUAACAUUCUUAUUGACCUGAACAUUUUUCGCUUGGGGAAACUAGAUAGCAAUUGGCAAAAAAAAAA